AUGAAUUACCGUGAAGGCUUAGAAAUUGUUUAUGGGAUUCAACCAUCACUGGCAGCUUUAAGUGCCAAGCAAAGGGGCAUCGUGCGUGCAUUUGUCAGGGAUGAACUUCUUCAAAUUGCUCCUGAGGUCCUGCUCGAAAAGAAUCCUUGGCUUUUGGCCACCAUUAAGCUCGCAUCUGCAAUUGGCAUUAAGUCCGUUUCUCGUGAAUAUCUCACAGAUCUCACUAAUGGUCGUUCUAACCAAGGCAUCGCCAUCAAAUGCACUCCUUUGCCUAUGCCGAGUCUCCAUGGUGUCCCAGCUCGUUCUAUCCUACACUUCAGUCACUGUGCGUAUAAUCGAUCCAAGCCUAGCUCUUGUUGUGGCUCAUCAUCUAUUGUCCUUUUUCUUGAUCAGAUACAAGACGUCAUGAACUUGGGUAGCAUCUUACGGUCUGCCGUCUUCUUCGGCAUCCCAACGGUGCUCAUAUCCGCCUUUUUUUCUGCAACGCCAUCUCCUCUCAUCAGUAAACUUAGUUCUGGUGCAAUGGAAUUUCUCCGUUUCUUUCGUGUUACAAACCCGUCUUCCACUUUGAAGCAGCUCUCAGAUGCUGGAUUUAUUAUAGUUGGCACGGCUGGGAUGCAAUCGAAUUCUGUCGAGAACUUCAAUUACUCUCCACCGCUGGAGUUGUCUUUGGUCAAACCCGAUAUGGUUGGUGCUUCAGAAGACGGGGCUGCUAAGCCUCUUGUAUUGGCGUUUGGUUCGGAGGCUCGUGGCUUGUCGGAUUGUGUUCUAUCAGCCUGUAACCUCAUUGUUAGAAUUCCUGGAUUGAUUGAUGGCAAGGGGGAGCAUUUGAGCGCACCUUCAAUUGUUUCGCCCCUUCCCACUUCUCUCAAUGUGGCAGCAGCUACCGCGAUUCUGCUGUAUCAGAUUCAAAAGCUUCGUUCAUAG